UGUCAUGGAGGCUCAGUCUCCGAGCAGCCAUUGAAGGGGAAGGAACUGCGGGUGUGUGUAUGUGUGUGCGUGUGAGUGCGCGCGCGAGUGUGUGGACAAGGAGGUGGGGGCAGCUGAGUUAGAGUCCCAACUCCUUGGACUCCAUUUGCUAUUCCCUUCUUUCUCCCCCACACCUAUCUGGUGGUGGUGGUGGGCGUUUAUAUUUGCGUUUCUUUUCAUUCAUUUCCAAAUCUUUUAAAAUUUUAGGGUUGGGGGUAGUGGGAAAGGCAGGAAAAGGUAAGGGAGGAGAGUAGUAGCAGAAGAGCAGGAGGAGGACAUGGAGAUGAAGAAGAGGAUUAACCUGGAGUUAAGGGACAGAGCCCCGGAGGAGGUGACAGAGUUGGUCCUUGAUAAUUGCCUCUGUGUCAAUGGGGAAAUUGAGGGCCUGAAUGAUACUUUUAAAAAACUAGAGUUUCUGAGUAUGGCUAAUGUGGAACUAAGUUCACUGGCCCGGCUGCCCAGCUUAAAUAAACUUCGAAAGUUGGAACUUAGUGACAAUAUAAUUUCUGGAGGCUUGGAAGUCCUGGCAGAGAAAUGUCCAAACCUUACCUACCUCAAUUUGAGUGGAAACAAAAUCAAAGAUCUCAGUACAGUAGAAGCUCUGCAAAAUCUUAAAAAUUUGAAGAGUCUUGACUUGUUUAACUGUGAGAUCACAAACCUGGAAGAUUAUAGAGAAAGUAUUUUUGAACUGCUACAGCAAAUCACGUACUUAGAUGGAUUUGACCAGGAGGAUAAUGAAGCACCAGACUCAGAAGAAGAGGAUGAUGAAGAUGGAGAUGAAGAUGAGGAAGAGGAAGAGGAAGAUGAAGCUGGUCCACCUGAAGGAUAUGAGGAAGAGGAAGAAGAAGAGGAGGAUGAGGAUGAGGAUGAGGAUGAAGAUGAAGCAGGCUCAGAACUGGGAGAGGGAGAAGAGGAGGUGGGCCUGUCAUACUUAAUGAAAGAAGAAAUUCAGGAUGAAGAAGAUGAUGAUGACUAUGUUGAAGAAGGGGAAGAAGAAGAAGAAGAGGAAGAAGAAGGUGUUAGAGGGGAAAAGAGGAAACGAGAUGCUGAAGAUGAUGGAGAGGAAGAAGAUGACUAGAUCAUUCUAAGACCAGAUUCCCUAAUGUUCCUGGGUGUGCAAUAGAGUGAUCACAUCUUCUUUGUUUCUUCAUGUAUGAUAGCUAUCCCUACAGAAGAUAAUGUGUAACUUUUUAUAGGAAAAGUGUGGUUUUACUAUUUUUGCCUUACCAUUCCAAAUAAGAUUAACUAGUCUGUUAAUGAUCAUAUUGUAUGUAGAGAAAAUUUUUCAUUGACCCCAUUGUGAAAUUCCCUAGCAAUUUAUUUAGAAUCUUAAUUUUUCUAAUUAAAGCUCACUGUGUUAGUCAUUUUUAGCAUAAUUAAAACAUGAUUGCUUUUA